AUGAUCCGACGACAGGCCCGCCAGCGGAGAGAUUAUCUCUACCGUCGCGCGCUCACUCUACGCGACGCUGAAAUCGCCGAAAAACGUGCAAAACUCAAGUCGUCCCUGGCCUCUGGCAAGCCGCUCGAUCCUAGCAUCGCAAACGACAAGCAGCUUCGGCAGGACUACAAGUAUGACGAGUCGAGGGCGGAUCGAACCAACGAGGAAGAGCUGGAGUUGGACGACGAGUACAGCUACUUGUCAGGCGUGGUAGACCCACGAGUUCUUGUCACGACCUCUCGCGACCCCAGCAGCCGACUGGCCUCGUUCGCAAAAGAGAUUCGACUUCUACUCCCGACCAGUAUCCGACUCAACCGGGGAAACCUCAUCUUACCGAACCUUACCUCCAGUGCCAAAUCCAGCGGCCUCUCAGAUCUGAUAUUGCUGCACGAGCAUCGAGGCACACCAACCGCCAUGACCGUAUCCCACUUCCCCCAUGGCCCUACGGCUUCAUUCAGUCUUCACAACGUCGUUCUUCGACACGAUAUCCCGAACGCAUCUCGUGGUACCGUCAGCGAGAGCUAUCCGCAUCUGAUUUUCGAGGGCUUUCAGACAGCAUUGGGGAAGCGAGUGGUCAAGAUUUUGCAGCAUCUGUUCCCACCACGGGAAGGAGGAGCGAAGUUGGGCUCAAGAGUGGUCACAUUCAAGAACAUCGAGGACAGCAUCGAGGUACGGCAUCAUGUGUUUGUCAAGACAGGAUAUCAGAGUGUGGAGUUGGCAGAGGUUGGGCCUCGCAUGACGAUGCGCCUGUUCGAGAUCAGGCAAGGCACGGCCGAGAAUAAGGAUGGAGAUGUCGAGUGGCACAUGAAUCAAUACAUGAGGACUGCGAAGAAGAAGGAUUACUUGUAA